GCUAGCGUAGCAACGAACCACUACACUGUAGUGAAGUGUGGGGAACAACCUAUAUGUACGUCUUGGCUUUCAAGUGCCAGUAGCGCCCUUUGCAAUGUUGCCAGGAUAGAAUCUGAAUACUCCAGCGGGCAGGCGUCUACUCCACCUCCUCAGCCAGCCAGCAUGGAGUUUCCAACACUAGCGGCGUCGGAGGAGCUUGGACUGCCGGUCCAGCCUACGUCGGUGCACCCUGAGCUGCCUCCACUGCGGACUGCUGCGGCCGGUCCCUCGCGGGCUGUGGCUGGGCCAUCUUGCCCGCCGGCCAUGGCUGCUGGAGCAGGCUGGCUCUUGCCGUCCUCACCCGUGCUGGACCAGGCACCAGUACAGAGCACGCCUAGCCAUCCUGCAGGGGAGGCUGAACCACAAGCCGCCACUCCCUCGCCGAACGGCUCGACGGCAGUGGCCGGGUUUUCGGGGACGGCGUCGACGCCGAUAUCCCCACCCUCGGUGAUCUCGUCGUUUGGUAUUAUAGCGCCGGCCUCCCCAACUCCUACACCAACAUCUUUGUGGCGGAAUGGGCGUCACCCGGUUGCUUCGAAUGGCUCGACAACCACCGAUGAAGGACAAACUUCAUGCAACCUAAACUACUCGGAAGAUGCAGGUCCUUCUUCAGCGGUUAUCAACGUGGAGGGUGGGAACAGAACAUGUGUGCCGGCCGGAGAUGAACAAAGUGAGCUGCAUCCUUCCCCAUAUGAGGUGAUCCCGAAGGUCCGUACACAACUCCGGCGCGUCGCGGGCGACCUAUUCACGCCGCACACCGUGCCCAUCGGCCCUUACCAUCAAGACGUAGAGUCUUGGCUGUGGACUGAAGAGAAGAAGAGGGCCGUCCACCAUCUAGGACAACGCGGAGUUGAUCUCUCGAAUCUGUGGCUGGUUCUGGUUGGAGUGCAGUGCAGAGCGAGGGGGUACUACACCCAUCUGCCCGACGAGCACGCCAUGGAUUCGGACAAGUUCUGCAACAUGCUGCUGCAUGAUGGGUGCUAUCUGCUUAGCUUCUUUGUACAGUACGAAAGUGAGUCGCCGACCGUAGAACCCAGCGGCAGCAACAGGCAGCUGACCACCUCAUUAUCCAGCGAUAACACGGUGGUGCGGGACAUCCUGUACCUGCUGGAGAACCAGAUACCUUUGUUCGUCAUCGACGAGAUCGUCAAGUACUUGACAGCACCAGGAGAAGAUAACUCCGCGCUUACGUACAUCGCGAGGCCCGUCGAGCACCUGCUGCAGAGCCAGCUCUACAUCAGCGACUCGCCACGGGAGGCGCCGUCGUCGUCCUCCCACCUCCUGGACCUGGUGUACUUCUAUGUGGCGUCGAAGAAGCAGCAGCAGCAUCAGACGCCGACGCAAGCGGCACCACCUCGCACCGGCCGGUGGCGCCGGGCGACGGAGUACCGCAGGUACGCUGACGUGUUGUUCAAGCGCGGGGCCUUCGACGCCGGCAAGGAGUGGACUAUCCUCGCCGUGGACCUAGACGGAGGUAUCCUUUCAAUCCCUCUCCUGCGCGUCGACAGCAACACGUGGACAAUCCUGCGGAACCUGAUGGCGCUGGAGGAGCACAAGGACGCCAGGCCCGUCACGGCCUACUGCUACUUCAUGUCGCAGGUGGCGUGCACGGCGGAAGACGUGGAGCUCCUGCGGAGCGCCAAGGUCAUCGAGCAUUUCCUGGGCAGCGACGAGUCAGCUGCCCAAGGCUUCGCCGGCCUCUGCCACGGGGUGGCCCUGGACAUCGACAACCUCCAGCGGAACUACCUCAAGCCCAUAUGGCACGACAUGGAGAAGCGCUGCGGCAUCCCGGCGCACAACUUCAAGGGUUUCUUUCGUGAGAAGUACUGCAGCAACAUCUUCUACCGCUUCGUGUUCUUCGUUGCGCUCAUCGUCUUCGCCUGCCAGGUGGUGCAGUCGAUCUAUGCGGCUGUCGCAUACCACAAACCCAAUAAUUCGUCCGCUUCAUUCUGCUGCCCUUGAGGCCUUGAGUAUUCACUAGCAGAAAUGUCCAUACGUUGCAUCGGGAAAAAAAAACUAAAACGCUGGCGCUAACCCUUUUCUGUGCCACCAUCAUCGAUGCGUUGCAAUGUAGACCAAAAUGAAUCACAGAGGCGCAAAAAUGGCACAAAGUUCUCAUUGGCAUUGUUGAGACGCCAGGUUAGAUAAACAUGGAUGGGAUG